CGAAAAUUGAAAUCCGAAAGCAAAAUAGCAUGUUGCUGGCUAUGUUGUGAUUGUUUUUCUCGCCGUCAAUAACUUGCAAUCGUUCAAUUCCACCAAAAAUGAAGGAGAUUUCGCAGAUAGAUGAUCUUGAAUCCUUGAAGUAUGUGAUCUACCGCGAGCUGAAAUCGCUUGGGGUCAAAGUACCGAAGGAAAAACGAUCAAGCUCGCAGGAACCAACGAGUUUUAACGGAGUGUUUGGAAAUAAACUCGGAUAUGUCGCGUCCAUUGUUGUCGACCAUGAAACAGGAUGCACAGUGCCAAAAUUUCUAGUAGAAGCAGUGACUUUUCUUGAGAAGUACUUAAAGUCAGAAGGUUUGUUCCGAAAAUCUGGAUCACACGCCAGGCAGAAAGACCUCAAACAAAAAAUCCAAGAUGGCUACUGCUCGAUACCUGCAGACUCCCAGGUGUAUGAUAUUGCUGGUCUGUUCAAACAGUUUUUUCGAGAAUUGAGCGACCCUUUGCUGACGUACCGACUCCACGAUGCUUUCAUGAAAUGCUACCUAUUGGAAGAGGAAAUUGAUCAGCAGUAUGCAGUACUGCUACUUUGUAAUUUGUUACCUGUCAGUCAUCUCCAUACCCUCCAGUACACCAUGAAAUUCCUGAUGAGGGUAGCCGAUCACUCCAAAGAAAAUAAGAUGGACGCCAGUAACUUAGCAGUCGUACUUGCACCCAAUUUAAUGGGCAGCACAGAAAAGAAUGAAAAGAUGACCGCAGCUGCCGAGAAAUCCAUGCGAAUCCGUACGAAUAUUAUCCAUCAGUUGAUAAAAGAUGGAGACAAGAUUGGAACGGUGUCGGACAUUUUGUUUUCUAAGAUAUCAACGAUGAGUACCAAAUCUGGAGCAAUGUCCUGCGAUGGGUUAACAUCUGAAGACGAACUGGAUAGAAGUAGCGAUACUUUCUUAAGUAAAAAACGGAGAAAAAAAAGGCGAAGUGGAUCUGUAUCUGGUAUCGUGAGUGGACUUGGCCAAAGUCUUGGCAUAUUGAAAUCGGCCAAUACAAGCGUUAACAAGACACCGGGAUCAGUUUGGGAUACGCCGCUUACUUUUGUGAACUCUGAUACAGUCAGUCCACAUCAGUCUCUUCUUGUUCCUGGUGAAACUCCAACAAUCAGACGAUCUAUGAAACGUAAGCAAGAGGAUAUCGGUGCAUUUUCUGCAGCUAAACGGAAAGCGAUGUUGCACCAGUUGACCUCUGACCCAAAGUACAGUAAACAAGGUAUUCAUAUUCAUAAGGGUACACCUGUUGGUCUAAAUACACCAAUCACGCCAUUGCGACCACCUGGAUCAGCCAUCGGAGAAAGCAGUGCUAAAACCAGUGAACAGUUGUUUGGUUUCAUGUCGCCAUCCAUAAAAUAUGCAGAUGAAUCAGGGAGUUUUUGUUCAAGUCCAACUGUGAAACUACUUGACGAGAUAAAUAUGUCACAAGAUACUAUCACACCGUCAUCGAAAAAGAAAUCCAAAUCGAAGACUCCAAACUUGAAUAAGAAAAUAAAGAGACAUUCUUCCAGCAAUGCCGGUUCUGGCUGUUUCUCACCACGAGCUGACAAUAAAAGACGAUCUAUUAGACAGAGACUGCGACAAAGAUCAUCUAGUGUCCAGGGUACACCAAGCAAACUGAAGAAAAAUAACAGUGUUGGUUGGAGAUUGGCCAAGGGAUUACCACUUGAUGGUUUAGAUACUCUGAAUUUUGAAGGCCUACAGAACCCAAUUACACCUAUCAUAACUCUAAAUGCAAAUACAAAGAAAUCAAAAAAACUCUUCCGGCGACACAAGAAAGUUCCCACAUCACCAGGAAGGCUUAUUACAACCGAGAAAUGUGUAUCGUAUGUACCUUAUUCUCCAAAUGUUGGGUCUUCCCAGGGUUCCUCAGCAAAAGAAGAGAACCAAGCUCUACUCCGUCCUCCAUCUCCAAGUGCCAAGUACAGGGGGAAGGGUACACCACAGUUGGGUAGAAAGAUAAAUGAGAACCUAUCUGGUUCACCCAAGGUGAUUACCGUUGACAUACACAUGAAAACACCGUGUAAUGCUGCUAUGGCAAGUAAUCGUCUGUAUGUGGAGACUAGUGGAAGCACCAAAUCACCAGGUCAUGUGACUGCUAAACCUCCGAAAUGUCAUUCAAGUAGGCAGCCCUGCAAUAGAGCUUCCUCAUCUGAAAUCAGGAAUUUGAAGCCUCCGUCGCCUGUACAACUUAAAAAAGAACAGCUUGCAAAGCAGCAGGCAACAAGAAUUGCUGCUAAAAUGGCAAAAACUAAUCCUACCCAAGCGGCACAUAAACAAAGAAUUGUUAAAUCGGCCAGUGUACCAGAGAAUUUAGAUUCUGUUCCUGUCACUAGACUCAAACCUAUAUUGAAGUCUUCUCAGAGCCUUCCAGAAGAGCUCGAAAGAACCCAGUCAGGAUUACCGCCUAAGAUGAUGUCUGAAACACAAGCGUGUAAAGGUCGGCCUAUUCUCACUGCUGCAGUGAGUCUUCCAGAAGCACUCGUUGUAUCGUCAGAAUCAGUGACUAUAGGGAAGUCUACAAGUUGUCAGAGUAUAGCCAGUAUCUUGUCUGAGGACGGUAAUGACAAAGAAUCAGAUAGAAGUUCUCAGUCGGUGGAUCCUCCCCAAGCUACUGAAAUUGAUGUAGUUGCUCAAAAAGGCAGGAUCAUAAAAGAAACUAAUAUAUCAGAGAUUGAGACUGUGGAAGCAAAGGAAGUUACUGAGCUGGCAAGAUCUCCGCCACCUAAAAUGUCAAAAUCUGAGUCGUUUGAUAGUGGUAAAGGUUUAUCAAUGUUUGAUCUAACCACAGUCGGUGUACAGAGCACGUCAGAGGAUGGCAGUUGUGUGGAGGUGAAUACUGAACACCAGGAAGUGGAUGGGAUGACUGAGAAUGUACACGAUGGCAGUGGAGUUGAUGUAGACCGUAAUAGUUCUAUUAGUAGUGUGGAUAGUGUUAUUGACUCUGCUGUUGGAUGCCAGGAUGACGAAAUGGAGAUUGGUGAUAAUGCUUGUAGUGAGGUUAGAGAGAUGUUACAUGAAGAUGAUGAUGUGGACGAAAGUUGUGAUAGCGUCUCAACAAAACAGUACCUGUCACUGGAUUCCUUCGAUGAACAGAAUUGUGAGGGAGACUUUGAUUCAGGUACCGGUAAUAGUAGCAUUAGCAAGUCAAAAAUAGCACAUUCCAGCUCUGAUUCCAAGAUUACAGUUGGUAAAGUCGCUUCUGAGAUGGUCAAAAAUGAUGGAAAUGUAUCACCCUUGAAGCGAGCAUUAUCGUAUACUUUGCCAAAUAGGGAUGAAACACGACAAGAGAGCACAAGUAGUCUGAAUUCUAGUCUGGUACAAAGGCAUAUUGAAUUGUUUAAUUCCUUCAACAAAGAAGAGUUUACUUCUCCCCUUCGCGUCGCUAAGAAACCACUCGCUUUCCGACGGGCCCCAUCUCUGAGACGCCGCAAAAACAGUGAUUCCCGGGAUGACUCUGAAAGCCAGGUUGUUGAAGUAAAGUCAAUGAAGAAAACCACAUCCGAUGUGAGUCUCAUGAAAAGACCAAAGAUACCCAUUACGAGUAUGCUGGUGAAGUCCAUGAGCAUGGACAGUGGUUUCACAAAGUUAGCGUGCGAUACUUCCUACAUUCGAAAGGAAUCGCAUGAUCACAAUGACUCGUAUGAAGAAGCCAUCUCGAGUGCUAUGUCCCAUGUAAGGGUACCUCGUAAAGUAAUAGACGAUGAUGACGAUGAUGUUUUCAUUGUUCCCAAGUCGCCUUUAAAGGAUUACAAUUUUAUACAAUCAAAACGGAUGACAUCAAAAAAGGAGAAAUCUCGAAAGAUGACCCCGAUGAGAGAACUACCGAAGAAAUAUAUGAUAGCACCACAAUCGUUGACACCUUUGAAAUUAGCAACUCGGACUCGGGUUAGAUCGAACAGCGGCAAAGUCGUUAAAAAGUCACCAAUGAAGGCACUCAAGAGACUUUCCCCAGAGAGUUCGGGUCAUUUCAAACAUAAUAAUGCCUUAUUAACGCCAACAAAUAGAACAUCCAAAAUACUUAAAAAAUCACCAAAGUACCCCAAUUCUCCUAAAUCUCCCGUGAAAAUGACCAAUGGAGGAGGACACUUGAAGACGUACUAUAUGAAAGAUUUUUAA